AUGGCAUGGCAGUCGACGAUAGAAACAACCCUGCCCUCACGGCCACCUCUGAUCCCUCAACAAUCGAGCUCUCUUCCUUCAACCCCGUACCAGCGCUCUCGUGGACUGUCGUUACAUUCGAGGUCACCCUCGCCGCGACGUCGAAGCACCUCUCCACGGUCCACACACUCAGAAACAAAUUCUUCAUCGACUUUUCGUAAACCCCUUGGUGGUUGCAAAUAUGAAACUGCGAUGGCGUAUUUUCGACGGCGAAUGCCUUACAGUAUUGGAGGCGAUCUUUUGCCAGAAGAGAAAAUCGGUCUGAAGGAAAGUCUAGAUCAGGAAGAAGAAAAGAAGCUCAGUGCCGAGAUGCAAGUUUUGUAUGAACAACUAUUGCCAUCGGCGGAAAGUGACGACCGACGGCGACAGCUUGUUCAAAAGUUGGAGAAGCUCUUCAAUGAACAAUGGCCAGGCAACAAUAUUGAUGUGCAUGUCUUUGGAUCUUCAGGGAAUAAAUUAUGUUCUAGUGACUCUGAUGUCGAUAUUUGUAUUACCACUUCAUUUAAACAACUAGAAAAUGUCUGUUUAUUAGCAGAGGUUCUGGCACAGCAUGGAAUGGAGCGAGUGGUCUGUGUAUCUCAUGCUAGAGUUCCUAUUGUCAAGAUCUGGGACCCGCAACUGAAGAUGGCGUGUGACAUGAAUGUCAAUAACACAUUGGCUUUAGAGAAUACACGAAUGAUCCGGACCUACGUGGAUAUUGAUGAGAGGGUCCGGCCCCUAGCCAUGAUUAUCAAGCACUGGACAAAAAGACGAGUGCUCAAUGAUGCUGCUCUUGGUGGUACAUUGAGCUCUUACACCUGGAUAUGCUUGAUUAUCAACUUUCUUCAGACUCGUGAUCCGCCUAUUCUACCUAGCCUCCAACAACAGGCCCAUAAAGCUCAUAAAGUGAUAGAUGGCGUUCAAGUAUCUUUUGACGACGACCUCGAAUCUUUACGGGGUUAUGGGCACAGCAAUAGGCAAACGCUAGGGGAGCUACUCUUUCAGUUCUUCAGGUAUUAUGGCCACGAGGUUGACUAUGAGAAGUAUGUCGUGUCCGUCCGCGAAGGGAAAUUGAUCUCCAAGGAAGAAAAGGGUUGGCACCUUUUGCAAAAUAAUCGGUUAUGUGUGGAGGAGCCGUUUAAUACAUCCCGUAAUUUGGGCAACACAGCAGACGACACCUCCUUUCGUGGUCUACAUACAGAGUUACGCAGGGCAUUUCAAGCCAUUAGUACUGCUGAUCUAGAGAAAUGUUGCGAACAGUUCGUCUUUCCACCUGAGGAGGAACGUAUCUUCGAGCGGCCGGCCCCGCAGCCUCGUCCGAUUCUCGCUCCGGUACUGCCUACACCACCGUCUGGUCGUGGAGGUCGCGGUGGAGGUCGCGGUGCUAGGCAUUCAAAUCACUACGGCCGUGGGGGCAAUAACUCUUCGCGUCGUUCUUCUAGUGCAACGAAUCGCGGCACGAAUGGCAAUGGUUACCGGACGAACAAUAUCCCACUUUCUCCAGACCUGAACAAUUUGCAUGCUCAACAGGCACAGUAUCUACUUCAUGAUCAAUUGUACCAACAGAUUCAGAUUCUACAGGCCCAGGAGCAAGAGCUGCGUAUGCAUUUGCAACAUCAAUCGAUAGUUACUGGUCGACCCCCACCAGUAUUAAUACGCCAACCUUUGAUCCAAUUCUCCUUUCCACAACAGGAAAUGGGCACGGAUGACAGCUCUCGAGCUCGGGCAGGAACCGUCAGUCAUCCACCAAUGACUUCUUUUCGGCCUGGCAUGUUUUAUGCUCCAGCCUAUAUGCAUGUAGCUCCUCCGACGGUGCAAGGGAGCAAUACCAAUCCUCCAUCUCCAUCACUUGCUAAUGCUGUCCCUGAUCUUCGCCGCAAUCCUCGCCGGUCUUCAGUGGCGAAUGGCUCACCGAGUGGAUCACUGCGCUCCCACUCGCAGCCUGCAAGAUCUAUGCACUCUCCAGCUAUGCAAGGUUUGACUCCGUUGUACUCAUCAAUACCUACCGAUGCUACUCGUAGUUCACGGGACGGAAUGACACCAAGUUCUCCAGGUCGGACUGAAACUGAUUCGAGCCUCAACUCCCUUUCAGCGUCGACAGUGCCUACUCCCACGUUCUUCGACGAACAGCACCGACAUCUGGAGUAUGGUAACUACUACCUGGUCCCUCAUAAUUACCCUCCGGCCUACAUGACCAUGUCUCUCCCUGCCACAGCGUAUCUUCAGACGGCGGACUAUCGUACAACCAUGCCAGCGUAUAGUGAACCGUUUAGUCCAGCAGAUGACAAUAGCUCCACACCCACUGCACAUCCCGUGUCUCCGCGUGGGUACUCGGUGCCUACACAAACACAACCACAACGUGAUAAUAGCGGGCCUUUGAUCAUUGAUGGUUCGGUCCCGCCUCAGGAGUCGAGAACAUCUUCUCGUGACGACUACUCGGAUCAAUAUGUCAAUUCGUCGGUUUCCGGAACCAGCGACACUGCAGGUAGCUGGGAAGUGCCAUCUAGCAGACCAGACGUGUUUUCCAAUGGAGUUCAGGAUCACACAUUUGAGAUGGAUCCAUUUUCGAUGGCUAGAGAACAGGAAUCCCGUUCUCAAAUGACGAAUGACGCAGAAUCGAAUCUUACUAGGCAGCUUCAGGGACUACACCUGGCAAGUACCAAUGCCCCUACCAAUAACGCCGAACCGGCAAGAUCGUUUGCGGAACGAAAGAACGGGAAGACAGGGUAUGUCAAUGGUGAAUACUCGCCAUCUAGACAUUCUCACCAACAACGUCAUCAAGGAAAAUCGAAUGACAAGUCCUCAACGAUGGGGAACCACACUUCGAAUAAAGAAACGCUAUCGUCUUCGCCUACACACCGCAGCCGUCCAAAUGGUGUUGAUUCGGAUAAACCAAACGGGGUUAAUCACCAUAACAUUCACAACCAUAACCACAAGCCUAAACUGAAGGCCUCCCAAGAUGCGCAUGCAGGCCCAGCUUUGUCCCCCUUGAAUCGCAAAGAUGCUCAACCAGCUUCACUACCUAGGAAACCUGAUGGGCUACCACCAGUUAGCGGAGGUCGGGAUCAUAACCACUCCAACGGAGGGUGGCAGACCACUAAAAAGAAACACAAGCGCAAUGCGAAGUCCGUUGCUGAGACUCAGAAUCAUGCGCACUUGGCAGAGCCUCUUCCGGUGGAUGAAUCUCUCCGAAAGGGUGGUUGAACUAUGAUACCAGGAGAUUUACGGCGGCAUAGCGAAGAAUCUAGAAUUUGGCACCGUCUUGAAUUCAAUAUGGCUACGAAGGACGAAUACGAUCAUGACUGAAGAGAUUACCCUGGAGACUGUCAUCCAGUCGACAUUUUGAUCAGCUUGAGAUUAUGGGAAAUACGACUGCAAACGAGAAAUGGGACCUUGCUACGACGACAGCUGUUUCUUUUCAUCCUUGUUUCUCUAUGUCAAAACUAAAGAAUUUUUCUCACUUUGCAUAAACAUUCCUGGGGGCUUAUUGUGAUUUUUUUUGUUAGUUCUUGCCCAAAGUCAUUUUUCUCCAAAAGACGAGAUCCCCUCU